ACAGAACUAAGCUGAAGAGAAUAUACUCCUUCCUGCUUCCCGUCUUAAAGCAGCUGGGUGAUUUCCUGAGGAUUCUGUUACUGGAGCUAGGGAUAAAAGCUCAUUUAUACACACAGCAACCUGCAAGUCUCCAGUUUCUAUUCUUCCUCACUCCCUCUGCCUUCCCCUCCCCCACUUUGCACAAGAGAAGCAAAACUUAGGCAUGCUUUAAACAGUUUGAAGACUAAUCUGAAAGAGGAAGAAGAAUCUGUAUACAUUGGCUUGCAUAUGUGCCCUGCCCUUUCUUCUCUUGAAAAUAGCAGCAACCCGUCUUUCCAAAGAAGACUGCCUAAAGAGCAGAAACUCUGUGAAUGGAGUGGGCUUUCAGCACCAUCCAGGGGAUUCAGGUUCACUGUUAGCUCUCCAAGGAACGAGUAGAUUGGAUUUACUGAAGAAUUGGAGCUUGCUUCUGAGAAUGAAUGCAGAAGGACCUUAAACUGUCAACCUUGAAGUUAGCAGCUUAGGCUUAAUCUGAUACUAAAUCAUAAGAAGCACUGACCACUAACCAGAAACAUUCGUGAAGGGUACUGCACUGCCAGAAAGAGGCACCAAGCAGCCAUUCCUAGAGAAACAUGGAUGGAGUUGGAAAUCUGACAGUAUUUUCUGCCAGUAAUAACAAAUGCAAUGACACUAUUGAUGACUUCCGCAAUCAAGUAUAUUCUACCUUGUACUCUAUGAUCUCCGUUGUGGGCUUCUUUGGCAAUGGCUUUGUGCUCUACGUCCUCAUAAGAACAUAUCAUGAGAAGUCAGCCUUCCAAGUAUACAUGAUUAAUUUAGCAGUAGCUGAUCUACUGUGCGUAUGUACACUGCCUCUCCGUGUGGUCUAUUAUGUUCACAAAGGCGUUUGGCUCUUUGGUGACUUUUUGUGCCGCCUCAGCACCUAUGCCUUGUAUGUCAACCUCUACUGUAGCAUCUUCUUUAUGACAGCAAUGAGCUUUUUCCGGUGCAUUGCAAUUGUUUUCCCAGUCCAGAACAUUAAUUUGAUUACACAGAAAAAAGCCAGGUUUGUAUGUGCUGGCAUUUGGAUUUUUGUAAUUUUGACCAGUUCUCCAUUUUUAAUGUCCAAAUCUUACAAAGAUGAGAAAAACAAUACCAAGUGCUUUGAGCCUCCACAAGACCAUCAAGCUAAAAAUCAUGUUUUGGUCUUGCACUAUGUGUCAUUGUUUGUUGGAUUUAUCAUUCCUUUUGUUAUUAUAAUUGUCUGUUACACAAUGAUCAUUUUGACCUUACUAAAAAAUUCAAUGAAGAAAAAUCUAUCAAGUCGCAAAAAGGCUAUAGGAAUGAUCAUAGUCGUGACAGCUGCCUUUUUGAUCAGCUUCAUGCCAUAUCAUAUUCAACGCACCAUCCACCUUCAUUUUUUACACAAUGAAACCAAACCCUGUGAUUCUGUUCUUAGAAUGCAAAAGUCAGUGGUCAUAACCUUGUCUCUGGCUGCAUCAAAUUGUUGCUUUGACCCUGUCCUAUAUUUCUUUUCAGGGGGGAACUUUAGGAGAAGGCUGUCUACGUUUAGAAAGCAUUCUUUGUCCAGCAUGACUUAUGUACCCAAGAAGAAGGUCUCCUUGCCAGAAAAAGGAGAAGAAAUAUAAAAAGAAUAGUUUAAACCUAUCUCUAUGAAUGAAAAGAGCUUCCCAAACAAGUAUUUUCUCAAAUCAUUUACAAUAAAAAUAAGAAUUUCCAUUGAUAAUUUACACAACUGAAUGUGUGUGUAUAAAUGUCUCAUUUAUGCAUCCACAUUAUUAGAGGUGCUAAAAAUAUUUUGUGUUAAAAAUUCAGU